AUGCUCUCGUCGACCAAAGAUGUUGGUUCAAGAAGCAGCCACAAUAAUAAUACUCAAGCAAAUGAAGUUGCCGAGUUACGAGAGUAUUACACUCGGUCGUUUGCUAUUUUGCACGAAGCAUUGUCCUCUCCGCCUUCUAAUUUUCCAUGGGUGGAAGUAUUAGAUGCUAUAAAACCUGCUUUAAAAGAAGGCAUGAAAUGUUUUGAAAAUCGAGAGCCAAAAGAGGAUGUUAAACUCUACGCCAAGCAAAAAGAGUUGGUAAACGAAUUAUCCAAACGAACUAAUUUAAAUCAAAAAAGUUGUUACAGAAUACUUGAGGAUUUUCUACUGUGCGAAGCGCAUGAUCAUCUGGUUUUGGAUGCUAGGGAUCCCCUUGUUGUUGACAAGAUAACCAAUUUCUAUUAUUCGGAAAGAUUACUCCUGCUGGAGUGUAUUUCAACAAUAUUUCGUAUCGAUUCAAACUACGAUGAGGAAGAAGAUGCUGAUGAUAUUGGAAAGAAAGCCUGCCAUAACGUUGUUACAUGGUUGUUAAGCCAAGAUAUCGAAGGGUCUGUCCAAGAAUGGAUUCGAGAUGUGUCAAAUAUCGAACAACAUUUAAAAAAUUUAAAAUUACAAUCACUAAGUGAAAUAGAGGUUACGAAAAGACGAAUAGAAUUGAUUGAACAAAAAUUGAAUGAGCAAGCUGCUGCUCUGAAUGUUUUAUUUAUGAUUUAUUAUGAGUAUCGAUAUAGGUGCGAUACAAAAAGAUUUCCUAAAUUUUUCAACGAACAUUAUAUUGGUCGUGAUUUUGGUAAUAUUCAUAGAAACUUGGAAAAUAUUUCGACAAAAGGUUUUCAAAUCAUUAGAAGAAUUGUUUGUCUUUCCUUUCUUGUUAUAGUGGAAAUUUUGGAUACAGGAAAUAUUGUGGAAUGCAUCAACAAAGGAAAAGAUUAUCAAAAUAGAUUGCCAGAGAAUAUUAUUUCAAAGCUUACGGAUGAGAUACGACAAGAGAUUGGAAAUGAUCCUCAUUGUGCUGCUCUGCGGUUAUUAUGGGCAUCUUAUCUUCAACUCACACCAAAUAACGUUCCUUUGAAUGAUAUCUAUCAUUUAAUUCAAACAGGUAUCAAAUUUGAAGGAUUGGAAUUCAUUAGGCGAAUGUUUGACAAGGAUGAUUAUGCGUUCCAUGGACACGAUGCAAACUAUGAAGGUUACAGAAGUGUCAUCAAAACUGGUGUUGAAAGCGUUUAUUUCUUAUUCAAAUUUCACAAGGUUCCUUUUUCUCUGAUCGAGCAAAUUUUCUCGGUAACAGAGGCAGCCAUUCAAACAAAAUCUACCAUGAUACGAGAAAAUCAGUUGGCACAAGAUUUAUCAGAUUAUGGAAUUGAACAGCAGCCAUACAAGGACCUGCUAAAUUACUUCAAAUUGGUCUUUCCUGCAAAGAAGGAGAUUCUUCGACUUUUAACUCUCAUGUGCAAUGAUCAUUCAUCUACGUUAAAAGUGUUGAAUAUUAUGGAAUCACAAGAAACAUAUUGCGUAGAAAUGACUCAUUCUGAGCUUAAAACACUCUGUGGUAUCGAUCAAUCAAAUCCUAACGAUUGGGAAACAAAAGAAACACCCCUACAGACGAUUACGAGCUAUAAGGACAGUAUUACCAAUAUCAUUAUUCCUUCAGGAAUUCCUUGUCUAGUGGUAAAUCAAACAGCAGAAACGUGUUUGGUAACGUUUCAGUUCUCGAGCUAUAUUUGGAAAGUAUUACUUUGCCAAAUUGUUGAGGUCCUUCAAAAUUCAAUUUCUAUCCAAACAAAAGAUGUGAGAAGCAUGGUUCAUCAUUUUCUGAAUCUGCUUCAUAAAUUGAUAUACUAUAGAGGAGUUAGUGUGGAAAAACUGGACAAGUAUAUUAUUGAAUUAUUGAUAUCAAAACAAAUGUAUACCCACAGAUCUGAGAAAAAAGGAAUAGUUCAAUUGUUAUCAAGAAUAAUCAAGUACUUUUCAAAUUUUCCAAUUGGUAGUAUUCCUACAGAGAUAUUGAUUUCAUGUUGUAAUUGCUUAAACGCAAUAGCAACGGUUGCUCCAGUUGAAACAGCAUCACAAGUGUAUCAUUUAAUUCAAAAAUAUCACUUCUCCAACAUACUGAGAGAAGAAUGCAUGAAUGGAAGAUAUGGUGCUACCUUAAGUCUACUCGAUACCAUCUUAGAACUCUCUAAAAAUCAUCCAGGACCUAUGACUACUAUAAUGGACAUACUUCCAUUUAUUUGCUCCAGCAUAUUCUCUCUUCAUGACUCAUGGCGCUACCAAAAGCUUGAGGAAAGAUGGCUCAUUGCUUUAAAAUGUCUUCAAAUAUUUAAUCAAAUUGCAGAAGAUUCAAUAUGGAUGGAACAUAAAACAGAAGAUUCAAGAGUCAGCACAGGUGGAAGACAACUUCUAAGCGCGUUCUUGCAUGAUAGUAGUCUUUAUCAAGUUUUAUUUUUGUUGGUCGGUUUAGGUGGAGCUUUCCUUGAAAAUGUUACACGACAUGAAAAAACAGAAGAGGCCGUCACCGUUCAAGCGCUCAUCAAAGAGUCCUUAACAUUAUUGGAUUCUCUGCUGAGAUUUAGACAAAUUACUAAAGCAAGCAAUCCCAUAAGCACUUUCGAAGAUGUUCUGUUCUCUAAGCUUUUAGGAAAACAGCAAAUUCCACUUAUUACUUCCAUUUUUGAAUUCACAGACCCUCGCCAUUAUACCUCAGAAGUUAGAGUUCUGGCUUGCAAAGUGAUCACUCUGAUUGCACAACUUACCGAAGAUUACAAUUCAAGACCUCCAUCGCUGGUUGGAUAUUUAGGAAGCCAUUCCACAUCUCUUGUUGGUAGAUGCCUUGAUACUUUGCGAAGCAGAAGCGAACCUGAUGAAUUGAAAAUUGCUAUAUUUGAUUUAAUUUCUGUCACUGUAGAAAUUCAAAGAGGAUUAGGAGAGCUGUUUGUGAAUAGCUCUCCACCUCACAUCAAGAAAAAAGUGGAAGAGGAUGAUGAACUAACCUUACCUCCAGGAGGCUGUAUAGAAACAAUUAUGGAUAUUAUCAGGAAUAUUGAUCUGAAACAGAGUAAGCCAGCUGUUGUGAGAAGCGCUAUUGGAGUCAUACAAUCUAUAUUCCAAAGUGGAGAAAGCAGAUCCAGAAUUACCAAAAUUUUACGAAAUCAAGUCAAUUUUUGGAAGGACAUGGUUAAAGUUCUAAGCUUUUUCACAAAUGCUACUUCUUUAUCGGACAUAGAUGUGGUGCGCUCAGUGACAUCAGUUUUGUCAAUAUUUGCUGUGGACAUGUACAACAUGAUGAUUCUCAAGAACGAUGAAGAUGUCGCUUUCAAUCAAGUACAAGCUCCACUCUUUGAAAAGAACUCUAAAAUACAACAAAUACUUAAGAAGAGUAUUGAACGUAUCAUUGAAUUUACAAACCAGAACAGACGACAAAUUUUUAAUAUUGACGAAAUGCUAAAGAAUGAAAUCAAGAGGCUAGGCCGAUCAAUUCGGUUAUCAGAUUACAUCCAAGAUAGAAACACCAAAACUGAUAUGCUUUACAAUACAGAUAGACUUAAAAGAUGGGAACAUGAUAUUAGCAACGAAUUAGUAAUAUCACUCUCUAUUUUGAAUGCUAGUAUUGCACAAGAGGAAGCUUACAUUUCACUUUUGAGAUCUAUGAAUGCUCUCUUUUCAGUUAGGUUUGAAUCUCCACUUCUUGCAAAGGACCACCCUAAUGAAGACUAUUUUCAAUCCAACAUUGGAUUGUUGCUUGAUGGCUUAAAAGUGAAAGAAAAAAGCAACUUCCAUGAAAGUAGUACCAGCGCCAUACACAUGGCUUCUGAAAUUUAUUUACCUCUACCAAUCAUAUUGGACAAACUUGUCACAACAUUCCAUACAGAGGUUGCUUCCAUGCUCGAGACCUUUAUUCACAAGUAUAUUGUUCUAUUUCCUCCUUCGUACAGUAUUGAGCCUAAAGAUGAUCACAGUGAUGAUGCUAUAAGAAAAUUAACAGACUUACUUAUUGGUCAAGUGCAAAGAAAUAAGUUAACAGUAUCCAAAGAGAUAUUAGGAUGUUUAUUAAUGUAUUACGUUGAUUUAGGUUCCAAUGUUGGUAUUAGAAAUUUUACAUCCAUAAUGCCAACCUUAUUCCACAUCGUUAAAACAUUUGACAAGUAUGACGAUUGUACAAAUCUUGCUCUCUCUAUUUUAUCCAUUUGUGUGGAGAACAUAUUUGAUUCGGAGCAAGGUAAUUAUAUUUGUAGGGAACUCGCAGACUGUCUUUCCAAUUUUGAUGGUGUGAACGAGCAUCACUCAAAAUACACUCUCAAUAUCUUGAAUUUAUUGUUGGCCCUUUCAUCCACUCAAGCAGGAAGCACCUUAAUGGUAGUCAACAAUUUUAUUCCUCGGCUCACUAAUUGUUCCAUUCUAAGUACAGGCUCAGGAAAAUAUGCAGGACAAACAUAUUAUGAAGGAGAACGCACUUGGUGGCACACUGCUUGGAAAUAUAGUUUGAAAAUUGUGACAUCUCUCUUGAAUAGCUUUGACUUUGCAAAUCAUCCACAAAGAUAUAUGACUGGAUCUGCAUUGAUGUUUGAUGAAAGCUCUGGACAAGCUCAAUACUUUUUCUAUCAAGUAUUUGAUUUCUGUAAUGCUCAUCGAAACCGACUAAUUCUUGGUUUGAAUGAACUAUGGGAUAAGAGACCUCUCACUUUUGCAAUUAUUGAAGAAGUUGAACUGAUCAGUAUGCUUGUAAACGCAUUGUCUCGAUUGAAGUUACUACCACAAUUAGUGUACUUGAUUGACGCUUCCUUGAUUGCCAUGUUGAAAUGUAUUGAUGCUGUGAAACAUUUUCACUCUGUCCUUGGAAAAGUGACACCAAUCACUGCACAUGAAAGAAAGCUCUACGAAGCCGACAAACAUUACAGAGAAGAAUAUUUGCAAAGUCAACAUUCAACACUCAAGACUAGAAAUUUACUCCGUGACUUACACAAAAAUGCUGAAAAUGCAUACAUGCCGAAUCCAGAAGAGUCUCCUUUCACUAGUUCUACGAUAGAAGCCAUCAAAAAUCUGUAUCAAGGAAGAGAAAUGUUGAACUGGAAUACACAAAUUGAUUUGACGGUGUAUGGAACUUUGCAAAGUAUAUUGGCUUCGGUUCGUUGUCUUACAGUACUUCCUAAAGAUGAUGGAAUUGAAAUGCCUGUAGAUCCAAUCUAUGUUCUUUCCAUGCAAUCUCAUAGCCCCAAUAUUCGUGACGUUUUUAAAUGCAUUGAAAGUUGUGUGGACGCUCUUGAGUAUAUCCCCUCUCGUAAAUACACAGACGAAGCAAAAGUCACAGCGUUAGAAUCGGGUGCAAUUACACCAACGACGCUCUCCCCAUCCUAUAGUUGUACAGCCACUGAACGAGUAGGUAGAGAGCAAGAAACUAUGUUGAAGAGCAGAUUUUUGGUGUCUCGAGUAGUCAUUGGAACCAUGUAUGAAGCAUUGCAUGUGGCGAUCACACAUAUUUUAAUUUAUGAAUUUUUGAGUGAAGGAGACCCACAAAAACAGUCGCAAGUCAAGGAAUUGAAAGAAGAGCUCAACAAACUAUUCAGCCUCCAUAAAAAGCUCGAUAAGCCUCUGAAGAGCUGGUUCUUCAUCAAGUAUGGAGACCAACUGAGGGAACUCAUCAAAUUUAUGAAGGAAUUACAAGUUUAA